AUGGCGAGGCGGCAGGCGGCAGCCCUCGCCGCCUCGUUCGACCUCCCCUCCCCCUCCGGGGCCCUUCCCGGCAAUGGCGAGGAGGCGGCGGGCAGGCCCCUUCCGGCGAGGCCCCACGAGCCCUCGCUCGAUCUAGGGAGGGUUAGUGAGGAAGUGGAACGUGUGAUCUCGAGCUUUCAUGAUCCACCGUUAAGAGCACUGUCUAAUCCUGUUGGAACUUCUGAAGAAAGCAGUUUGCGACUGGAGUUCAUUACCAAAUCGCCGGCAACCAUCUUCACUGACAGUCAGAUAGAAGCUGAGGAUGGUACUCCUCUGAGGAUCGAAGUAGUAGAUGGCAGGACCAAUGAGAGGGUUACAAGUGGCCCUCUAUCUUCCAUAAAGCUCCAAAUUGUCAUCCUUGAUGGCGAUUUCGGGUCAGAUGAGGGAGAGGAUUGGACUGAGCAGGAAUUCAAUUGCAAUAUCGUUCAUGAAAGGGAAGGGAAAAGGCCAUUGAUUACCGGGGUGCUGAAUGUGACCUUGCAAGGAGGAAUUGGUUCCCUGCGUAAUUUAAUCAUCACCGACAACUCAAGCUGGAUGAAAAGUCGGAAAUUCAGGUUAGGAGCUCAAGCUGCUCAAAAGGUUUCUACAGAAAUGAGAAUAAGGGAAGCAAGAAGUGAACCUUUUGUCGUUAAAGAUCGUCGAGCAGAGUACUUAAAGAUUGACAAGUUUUCUCUGUUAAGCGCAGUGAACAAGAAGCACCACCCUCCAUCUCUGAGUGAUGAAAUACUUGGCACUAGGAUCACCAAUCGGACAUGGGAGAAGAUUGUCAGACACGCCGGCACCUGUGUGGUCAAUGAUAACAAGAUGUACGCUUACUACCAAGAUUUGAACAAGGCUAGCAUACUGUUCAAUUCGGAAAGUGUUUCUAUUUCUCUAGUGGCACAUCCAUCAUUUUGCAUCUCUAUGGUAGCUGAAACCGAACCGCGUUGUUAUUCAGAUAGACCCGAAGUGACUCCCGAAUGUAAUUACUCCCAGGCUUCAACACCGCACUGCUACAAUGUCACAGAGAAGAGAAAGUUAGAUUGUCUGGGGCUAGAGAGCCAUAUCAUUGCAAAAAUCUUGGAUCCGACCGUGGCAAAGAGCUCGGCGAGGCAGGAUGUUUCGUCCGGUUGUAGUGCUGGCAAAAGCAGUCAUCAUCCUGGUUACUCUCAAGGACCGUUUGCCCUGGAAUUUCAUUCAUCUCCUGAGGACCUCUACCAAGUGCCAUCUCCGAUCCCUGGCAAUUUCUGUUGA